UUUAAAUCACAAGGGAAACCCAUCAUUGUUUGCAAAUUUGCAUCAAUACUCAGCUUUUCAGAAGGGGAAAAACCAGUCUGUCCUCAUUGGAGUCCACAUCAACCAGGCAGAGACUAAGACUCUUUUUCAAUAGAUUUGUUUUCAAAUAGGAGUCCUAAUAUCAAUGUUUGUCUCAAAUUCUUAACAUCAAUGAUUUUUCAUAGUUAAGAUAAAGUUUCACAGUAACAUAAAGUAGCCAUUAGUUCAUGAGGCCUAUCAUUUUUAACUUGUCAAACUGGGAAGCACCUGUGACAUAAGCAUGGGAAAAUCCUCACCUCACCUGCUUUACCAGCCCCACCCUGAGUGCAUGUUGCCUUAGUUUUUAAGCAGCAUGAGUUUCAUCUGAACUGGCAUUUGAGCCUUCCCACCUUUCUGUGUUUUUGCUUUAACUUAAAAGGCCUGCCAGUAGUAUUUCUAGCUCUGUAAACUAUUCAAACAGCGAAGCAAGCGUGUGGUUUUCCAUUCAUCCCCCAAGAAAUCAUCCUUCUCCAUUCCACCCAGUACCACAUGGCCUCAGCCUGGUCCGAAGAGGAGACCUUCAUCUGCUCAGUAUGCCUGGACACCCUAAAGGACCCGGCCACUCUACCCUGUGGACAUUCAUACUGCUUGGCGUGUAUCCAGAGCCACUGGGACAAGAAAAACAGUGCUGGUCAUUACAACUGCCCCCAAUGUAGGCAAGUCUUCAACCCUCGACCCUCGCUGGCGAAGAGCACAGUGCUAGUGGAAGCUAUGGAAAAACUGCGAACCAACAGCCUCAAGCAAAACUCCUCCACAUCUGUGUCCUCUGCCCUGCCGUCGAUGCCUGUCUACCUGGAGGUCCUGCCAGAUAUUGGGCCGCGAAAAGGCAGCGUGUACCCUCAGCUCCCCACAGUGGAGCCCAGGCCCUGCCCUCGACACAACCGACCCCUGGACCUGUUUUGCCAGGAAGACAGAGAGUGUGUGUGUGAGUUGUGUUGCCAGCAUGAACACAAGGGACAUCGUGUGCUCAAACCUGAGGAAGAGAGGAUGGACAGACAGAAAGAGCUUGUCCAGAUGCAGAUGGACACACAGAAGAGAACCCAGGAGACUGAAAAGAGGCUGAUGGAGAUCCCACAUGUUGCCCGCCAACACAAGGCCUUGGUGCAGGCUCUGCAGCAGGAGAGCACAGAUUUAUUCUCUGAGCUGAUGAAGAGUGUGAAUCUAACAGGCAUCCAGGUCGGCGAGGUCCUCAGCACUCAUGAGACAUCCUUAGGCAGUCAGGUGGAGGGGCAGAUCCACAGGCUGGAGCAGGAGGUCGCAUCACUGCGCUGGAAGACUGAGGAGCUGAGCAGGCUGGCUGACAUGCAGGACGACAUCUGCUUCUUAAAGAAUUUCCUCAUCAUGGAGCCGCUGGGUCUGACAGCUGCCGAAGGAGAGUACACACUGGGUCGGCAAGAAGAGGUGGUAGCAUCUGUUCGCUCAACCAUGAAAGAACUACAACAGUCAAUACAGGAUCAAUGCAAAGCCAGCCUGGCCAAGAUCAACACAUUACUGAAUCCUGAUCCUGUGGCUUCAGCACCCAGUGGUGCAGCAGCGCCAUGCUCUGCAGAAGCUGAUAUCAGUGGUCAGGCCUCACGAAACACAGUCUAUGAGAUGACGACAGAUCCUCCACCUUUGCCCCCUCCACGACCCCAAGGGCACAAGGAUUCAUCCAAACGUCCUGUGUUUCCUCAAGCUUCAGCACCACCUCCACCUUUCCCUCCUUCUCAACCUCCAGCAGCAGCUCCUGUAACAACAGUGGGACUUGUAAAAGCAGAACCAAAGACAAGAGAAGAAUUACUAAAAUUUCACUUUGAACCCACCAUGGAUACCAACACGGUGUAUCGCCACGUGCUGCUGUCCGACGGAGGUCGUAAGGCCACGAUGCGAGCUGAGAACCUGAACCUGCCGGACCACCCUGAGCGCUUUCAGUUCUGGAGACAGGUUCUGUGCAGAGAGCCCCUGGCAGGGAGCCCGUACUACUGGGAGGUGGAGUGGACCGGCCAGAAGAUCACCAUCGGUGUGGCCUAUAAGGAGAUGGAGCGUAAGGGUUCUGAUGACAGCAGCCGUUUGGGCCACAACCCUCAGUCCUGGAGCUUGUACUGGUCUGGGACCGGUUUCUCCUUCUGGCACGACGGCCAGGAGAAACAGCUGGGCUCGUCUAAGGCCCGGCAUAUUGGCGUCUAUCUGGACCAGCAUGCAGGAAUUCUGGCCUUUUACCGCAUCAACCACAACAAGGCCGAUCUCAUCCACCAGCACCAGAGCCAGUUCACCGGCCCUCUGUACCCAGGGUUCAGGUUCUGGGCUGGGGUCGGGGCCACAGUGAUUCUUUGCCAGUUGGACUGAGGUGAAUACAAAUGAUGGUGUGUUUUGACAUAACCUGCUCGUCUGGUUAGAAGCAUAUUGAAAAUGUAUUAACCCAUUGGUAUCACGAUGGACAUUUUCGACCAAAUUUGUAAUUUUUCAGUUAUGUUUUGGCAAUAACUUUGGCUGUGAUACUGCAUAUGGCAUGAGUUCAAAUUUCAUUUUUUAUAAUGGGUGUAUAAUACACUGUGUACACAUUUACUACCUUUUAAGGCCAUUAAAGCCAAAAAUGUCCACUUCCAAAAAAAAAAAUGCUUAAACUUAACAUAUUAUUAUUAUUUUUUUAACAUUUUUUUCUGCAUAAACCUCAAACAACUUCUGCUCUGCUCAAAACUACCAAGCCUUCAAAGAUUUUGAGGAUUUUAACCCUUUAAAUGCCCGUUUGAUUACAUGAUGUCACUGUUUUUCAAAGAAAAAAGUCCAUUCUGUUGCAGGAUUCUUUGUGGGGUUUUAAUAAAAAAACACCAGUGACAUUGUGUCAUCAAACUGGCAUUUAAAGGGUUAAGAUGCUUUUUAAAGCAUUUUUUUUGGUAGUGGACAUUCUUGGCUUUAAUGGCCUCAAAGGGUAGUGAAUUAAUGUGAUCCCAGACGGUUAAGGAAGUCCAAAACUCUUCCUGGUCCAGAGAUCCUGCAAGAGAAAAAAAAACCCACAAACGUUCAGUCAUGUCUGGUUCUCUUAUUAGUCUGUUUACUCCAGCCUAUAUUGAUAUGAUGUACAUUUUCCAGAAGGCUUUUGUAUGUUAAUAAAAUAGCAACAAACACACACAUUUCAUACACCUUCUUCACAUAUUGUAUUUUGGCCUUAAUCUUAACAUCUCUUAAAGCAUAACUAAGCUGUAAAUUAUGGCUGUUGAUGGAUUGAAUAGCCUUCAGUAACACUGCAGUCACAAUAUCACAAUUGUUAACAUUAAUACAGUAGUAUUAUUACAAGACAUAUAUACUCAUUCAAUACCGCAGCAACAAGAGAAAAAAGGUCUUUAUCACACAAAAUAGGAUUAUUACCAACCUGCACAUAGUACUGUUACAGAAAAAGUUGCUGAAUACAUAAGAUAAGAUAAGAAAAGAUAAGAUAGAACUUUAUUAAUCCUGAAGGAAAUUCUGGUUCCAGAUUGCCCCUAAAGUUACAAAGUCAAUUACAAAAACAAUCACAAUAUAGGAAAAACAAUGAACAAAAUAGGUAAUAUAAAUAUAAAUAUUAAAAUAAAGUGGUUAAGGAGUAAUACAGAAUAGCAAUUAAAAUGAUUUUAACUAAAAUGAAACGUUUUCUCUACCCUGUAGGCCUACAUGUUCUUUAUUUCAUAAUUAUUGUUUUUUGUAUUAUUUCUUCUCCAAUGUUGUUUCACAUGUAAACAGCACAGUGGUUCUCUCUGUAUAAAUAAAGCAUAAAUAAAUUGAUUGUAUACUGACUGUAGAUCUGUUGUUUGUAUUAAUACUUUACUUUAGCCACCCUUACUCAGUAAUACUGUGAAUGUCAUCGAGGCUAACACAGAUUAUGUAAGCAUACUUCUCUGACUGCAGCGCCUGGAACACUGCUGAUCUUAUCUUUGACUGUCACACUUUGGUGACCUGGAUGCUCUCAAAGUCCCUUUCCAUUCACAAGUUAUCCGUGGUAACUUUAGUAUUCCCACAUGGAUUUGCAAAAAAACUGUUUAACCUUCAUUGGUCUUUUGUCCACACAGUCCUUUCUCCUGACACGGCUAGGAUUGUUAUUUAGUAAUCUUAACGUGGUCUUGUAUUUCACUGCAAUAAAGUUUUAAAAACCGCAAGUUG